AUGACUGGGCAGGACGUCACGCUAGACGAUGGCAAAGACAGCGACUAUGGAUCCGAGUUUGGAACAGACGACGAAGCAACACUCUCGGUCCUCCUUACGCAAGCUGCGUCGCAACCUUCCACGUCGAUAAGCAACCAUGCUGAAGUCUUGCCGAGCACUUCCCUGCUCUCGCCCUCUGCGAGAGGCACACGGCGUAAGUAUGUCGAUGACGAGGGCAUUAUCUUCGAGAUGGUCUCGCGCGAUGGCCCUGUCGCUCGAUCCGAUGCUGCACGCUUGUCCGUACAAGUAGAUGCCGAACCUGAACAACCAAACCCUCUGGACAUGCGAUCACCAAUCGAACGAUUUCGUACACCUCCUAAGAAACCCCUCUCCGUUACCGACAUCAUAUCUCCUGCAUGGUGCGAACUACAGUACUGGUACAGCCUGACCAAGUAUGGAAGAGUCCGCCGAACAGCUGCCAUGAAACAGGGCUCCUCAGUACAUAAGGUACUGGAAGAACAGGCCGCGACUGUCUUGCCUGUCGACACGAUACGCCUACUGGUUGACAGAAUUCUACAAGAAGAGCUGAAGGCUGUUNGUGCCAGUAGAGACUGUGGACAGAGUCGUACAAAAGCCUUGGAUCAAGAGAAGCGCACUGCAGUGCCUUUGGAUGUUGUCGGAGGGCUGGUACACCAAGUCUUGGAGAAGGGCAAACUCGAGCCCGUCGCUGUGAAUACUGUGAGUGAGUCGGUACACAAGGUUACUGGCGCACAAGUGCAAAAGGCUGUCACGGUUGAGGUUGAGACAAAGGAAGAUGGUUUUGGGCUACGAAUUUGGAAUAUCAUACAGAAUCUACGAACACUGAGAGUAACUGGACAGGCUCGCGAAUUUGAGACUUGGGCCGUCAUCGAAGGUCAAGUUGUCAAUGGAAUCAUUGAUGAGCUCAGCUAUGAGUGUCCUGAUGAGGAGUUGGAAGUGAACCUGAUUCAGCAGAAAGAGACAAGGCCGAAGAGAGGAAGACCGAAGAAGCAAAAAGUCACAUCGGAAAACCAGAGCAACCUGGACACUUUCUUCAGCGGCUCUCAAACAGUCGAAAGCAAUGAUGGUGGCUGGCUGGGGACCUCGCAUGCGACUCGCAAAAUCUACAUCAAGGACGUAAAGACUCGAGGUUCGAAGAACAUGCCUAAAGGCGAAGCUUCCUUCCGGCCCACCUCAAUGCAGCUAAUGAUGUAUCAUCGCAUGCUGUCACUACUUGCAUCGAACUCUGUGCCAGCUGAGCAAGUUUUUGCUCGCUACGCUCUCGAUAGCAGCGCUGCUUUCAGCGACAUGUUUAUUGCCCAGCUAGGCAGUAUCGAAUCCGACAACCAAAUCGAAGCGGCUGAGCAAGCAGAGAUGCCUAUACAAGACACGAUCGAUGAAUUGCUUGCGCACAACAGCCUCGAGAAACUCUGGACGUUGAUGAUCUCAGAAUUUCAGCUUGCCAUGCCAUUCUCCAACAAGCCAUCGACGCCAUCGCCCAUCGGCGAUGUCCUGAUGGCUGAGUACAGAGCAUCUGGCAGCGGCUCUGUUAUAGGAUCGAAGACCUUUGCCUACGAUUCCGAUGUACUCGACGCUUACCUGAUGCAAACAAUGGCUUGGUGGAACGGCGAACGGAUGCCGAAAGGCGUCGAGAUCGAAGAGGCUUUCAAAUGUCGAAUGUGCGAGUUUGCCGAAGUGUGUGGCUGGCGCAAAGACAAGGUCGAGGAAGGUGUCCGUAAAGCCAGACUUCGAAAUCAAGGCAAGAAGAAAAGUGAUGUUUGA